AGCUCCACUUAAUCCAGGUCAAAUCAUGCUUCUUCCUGUCUUGUUUCCUGCUUUGUGUGAAAUAUGUAAACACUUUUUUUUCUGUUCCUAAUUCUGGCAAUCAACACAUUUACAUGAAACCAAACCAAAGUAGAGCCGUGCUGUAUUUUUUUUCACUCUGGUGAGUUAGAGCCUUGAAGGAGAAGUGGGAGCUUCGGUUGGGCUCUGGCCAUACUUCAUAAUACGCCUGCUGUUUGUGUGAUAAGGCCAUCAUUUUCAGUAUGUUGUUGGUUAAGAGCUCAAGGAUGUCUGGUGUUGAGUACACUGAGUCCCUGAAGCAGCCAGAGGAAGAUUAGAGGAACGAUUUUUACAUUCCUCUGUUUAAUCAUACAGACACAGGAUCAUGUCUGGAGCAUUCAACUGUGUCUGUCUCUGCUGGAUUUUCUGUGUCCCUCCUUCUACAUGGAUUUGAAGCUCUUACUUCUAAUAUGUCAACACAGAAUCAGCUUUCAAACCCUCAAGACCAGGAGGAUUCACGCUUUGAUUCACCAUUUCUUAUGCUGAGAGCCAGUCUCCUGUCCUUCUCGCAGCCAAUGCGUCCAUACACUCUGCUGACAAACAUGGAGGAUUACCAGGACAUGCCCAAACCCAGACACCGCCGGCCUUCUCGCCUCCCGCAUCUUCUUGGAUGCUCUUUCCACCCCUUCUGGACGUCUAUAGAGAAGCCACCUGAGGCCACUGAGGGUGACGGUGAUAGGCGGCUUUUGCUGCAUGGAGACACACCGCCUGGCAAAUCACCCACUAACCUGAAUCCUCCUCCAGAGCUGAAAGAGGCUGCAGCAAACCAUCACCACAAGCUGGAGAAGGAAGCUGCAGGUCUAGAUUUGGGUCCUCUUCCUCCAGAUGUCGCCAGUUCGGUUCGAUCCUGGCUACUACGCUCUGCCACGUGUGAACUAACCUACCAGUGGAAGGACCUGAGCCCAGCUUUCUGGCCUCGCUGGCUGCGGCAGACAGACUGCGAAAGAUCGGACCAAGUGCAAAGUUGCUCCUUUCCCAGUGGAAUGGAGUGUGUGAGACCUCAGACAGCACACAUAAAGAUUCUGGCUUGGCACUGCCUGGAGAUCAGAGACAGAGGUGAUGGAUCUAGAAAGAUUAAGAGCAAAAGGUAUAACGGCAGCGCAGAAGUGGGGACGAGUGAAGCCAUGAAGAGUUGUUUAUGGAGGAAAAUGUCUUCUCCUGUGGUUACAGCAUGUACAUGUUCAUGUAAGUGAAUGUUUCUCUCAUCACCGGCUGCAGCUUGGUUUCAAUAUGCACAAUAUGUAUUUUAUGCUGCUAUUGAGGCACGUUUAAUUAAGUGAGACAUUGCAUGUGCUGUACAUGGCUUUAAGCAGAAUCUAAUAAAUUUCCCUCUGGGAAUUUUUUCUCAGCAACAUCACUUGGCAACCAGACAACCAAUGAGUGGACAAUGUAACGCCUAUCCUUAGUUUAUUGUUUUGUUUUUAUUUGCAUGUGCACUGUUUACUUUUAAAGACAGCAAUCCUGAACAAAUCUAGAGAUGCAUUACAUCAUGAUGCUAUUUUUGAGGGUUACAAGUGUGAAUAAUCAGUUUGUUUUGCUUUGUUUAUAUCUGGAUGAUGAAUUGGAUGGACAGUAAUGUAGGACAGGCAUAUAUAAGCAUCAUGCUUCUGCCUGUGUAUUUUCACUCUCUUUUUACAUAGAAUGUCAACUAUGUGUAUACUAUGUAUAAUGUUUUCAUGACUGAAUAAAAAGAUACUCUACUCUUA